UCUUCGUUUCUCUUCUCGAUGGAGUCGAAGGAGAUGAUCGCCGCCUCAGCGCCAUCUGAAACCCUAGAGCUCUCCGAGGUUGAUCCCCAGCUCUCAGCUCUGCUCUAUGAUGUGUCACAGCAGGUUGAGAUAGCGAUGCACAGCAUGCUUAAGAUGGCAAGUGAAAUUAGUGAAAGCACUGGUGAGAUAAUGGAGGAGAUGGAGAAAUGCAAGGAGUUUGUCAGUGUCAAAAAUACAAUGUUGGAGGAAGAGAAAGACAAGUUCCAGAAAGCCGCAAUUGCAGUGAUAGAGAUGCUCAAUGGCAGUGAGAGCAUGUAACAACAUACCAUUAGUCAUUUCUGGGAUAUGCGGUAGAUCUUUAAAGCUUUCAUAAUUACUUCAACAUCAGAAUAUUUUUGAGCUGGUUUUGGCUUUUGAACUUGAGCAUCUAUUCACAUUUGUCUCGCCAAAUUUACUUUCAGGUUUGAUCUGAUAAAAUUGUUUUGUAAGUAAUGAUAUAAUAUGAAGAAAUAUACUUUGGUUAGGAAUUAUUCUAAGAGAGGAUCAGUCAAGACGUGUAGUGGCCAGUAGAUGAUUUUUGAAUAUUUGUUUUGUCUCUUUCCUGAAUGGCAUAUGUAUCUAUGCUCUAGUAAUUAGAGUAAGGCCUUGCACCAGACCCAGCAUCCAAGUAUCUUCAUGCUUGCAUCUAUAUUCUAUGUCCAUAAAUGUAUUUGACUACUCUAUAGUUAUAUAGAAACCAUUAAAGCUGCAUUUUCUGAGAUGUUAUAGAACGCAAACUGGGAAAAUACGUUUCAUUUAGAUGCUUUCUAUCAUUUUCUUCUUCAAAUGUUUCCUGUUGCCAUAUUACUUUUAUGUUGGGGUUUCCUGCAUCUUUCUCUGGGUUUGCUUUAGUUUUGAAUUACUGAUUGGCCU